AUGUCAGUGAAAGAGUACGAGGAAUUGCUAGGAGUUAUUCCUCUCUCUACAGUUGAUUAUGCCUUUGCGUAUGGAUCAGGCGCACUUCAGCAAAAAGGCGAGAAUAAAUCGGAGAAGAUGGUGGAUUUUAUAUUGAGUACCAAUGAUCCUGUUCGAUUUCACGCUGAAAAUCUCGAGAGAAAUCCGUCGCAUUACAGUCUUUUGAGGUGUAUCGGACCGAAUGCGCUGGCGAAGUAUCAGACUAAUCUUGCUGCGAGGAUCUAUUACAAUACUCAUGUUCCUGUUGGGGCUCGCCGAAUGAAAUAUGGUGUUAUCGCCACAGAUGACCUUAAUCAGGAUCUUCUUGACUGGAAGUGGCUAUACGUUGCUGGACGUCUCCAUAAACCAGUACUAGAUGCAGCUUUAUUACUGUUACCUGACUCCUUUGCGCUGGAAGAGCUUUACCGGAACGUUGUUGCUCUUUCCUACACUGGCGAUUUCAGAAUGAUUGUUGGAGAAGAUAAAAGUAAGAUAAACAAGAUUGUUCAAGGUAGUAUGGAAGAGCUGAAUAGAGUUUAUGAUCCGAUUCUGUCUGAAGAUCCCAAAGUUGUUGUGCAGAACGGAAACGUUCUACAGGAUGGUUCUACUGCAGCUAUAUACCAUCGCUUGAACCUCCUACCUUCCACUGUGCUAAACUCUAUUCAGCGCAAUUGGAAUAAGAGGAACAAAUGGCAAAAGGACACGGAAGAGGUUUUAUUCUCGUUAGCACACCGACAUGAUGUUGCCUCGCAUGUGUCUGUAGCCAUUUCUUCAAUAGUUGCUCCAGUUGCCUUCUCUCAAAGUGUUAAAAAUGCCGUUACUGCCGGCUUCACUCGUAGUAUUUUAUACAGUUUAGCAAAACUGGCCAAAAUGGUUAAAAGUGUGACAAGAUAA